AUGGUACUUUGCGCACAUUCUUCGGGCGGAGCGGUGGCUUAUGAAUUUUUGUCCAACUUAUCAACGAAAGCGGAGACGGCGGUCUAUCCAGGAGUAGAGAGGUUAAAUGCUGGGAUGAAUUCUGAGGUAGUAGCUUUAACCAUCAUCCUGAAAGGUCUUCGAACGGAUGUGGCUCGUGCAAAUACCGAAAUUGUUCACCAUUUUUCAUCAGUUAAAGGGGAUGUCGGAUGUGGGCAAAUCUUCCGAAUCGUGAAGGCCAGACGACGUACUUAA